ACUCAUCUACGCUUACCUAUCAACUACAAAUAGACCGCAGCGGCCAUGCAACUACAACAAAACUCUUUCCACCAUUGUAAGAAAUUUUGAUCGUGAAAACAAGCAGAGCGGAACGGGACUGUUCGCGAUCCUUGUGCUUGAACAAGCGCCAUCUUGUUAAUCAUCAGCUCUUCCGCAGGAGGGAAAAGUCUCAUUUGCUUUGUCCUCCUCGUGUGGUUUGACAUGCACGUCCGGGUCGGCUUGGCAACACAAGCUGACCGUAUAGCGUUGAGUAACAGAGACACAGAUCAAUUUAGGGCAUUGUGUUCACGGUGCACACUGUCCAAAAUGAAGCGCUCGGUUGUUGGAUUUGCGAUCGGCUCGUUCAUGUUAGUUGGAAUUAUCGUAUUUCAUACAGAAAUUGGAGACUUUUUUCUGCGCAACUCGCCUGUGCCAGUCAUCUACGAGGAGAAUUGUCAAAGUCACAAGUAUGAAAAGGAUAAUGCUUACACAGAUACACCAAUCAUCCCUGUGGCAGAGUGUCGCAGAGGUCAUGUGCCCCCUACACGAUCUGAGAUACGAACACUUGAACCUGGUCAAUUGACUGAAAUAUACCACAGUUACGUGGAAAACAUCCAGGUGGCGUGUGGAGACAUGAAGAGAAUGGGGCUUCAGCAAGAUGGCGGCUGGGAGAUCUGUAACGACCCCCUCGUCAAACCAAAGAAACCGUGUCUGGUCUAUUCCUUCGGCAUCAACAACGACUUCAGUUUCGACGACGCGACGGAACUGGAAUACGGAUGUCAAAUUCAUUCUUUUGAUCCGAGUAUGGGUAAAGACGACCAUCAGCGCAGCAAAGGCAUAAUGUUUCAUUCUUUGGGAAUUUCGGACUACAACGGCAGAUCAGAGAGAAAAUGGCCGAUGAAAACCCUCAACUGUAUACGCGAGUCUCUUCGCCACACGCAGACUACAAUUGAUAUUUUGAAAAUUGAUAUUGAAGAUAUGGAGUGGAAGGUGAUCCCGGAAAUGAUGAGAAACAACGCGUUACACAACGUGACACAGUUUGUAUUUGAGGUGCAUAUUUCACUGCAACAUACAGACGCUCCUCCAGACAAGUACAUAACGGCACUGGAAAUAUUCCGGGAUCUAUAUGAUCUCGGUUAUCGGAUUUUCCUCACACAUAGAAACCAGUAUUGCCAUUACAAGUCGAUGUCAGGAAAGCAGAGGACUUCUUGCCAUGAAAUUUUUAUGAUGAAAGUUUGCUGAGUGGGAUUAGCGACAGUUUUGUUUCUGACCUUUUAUUUGUGGUUUUGUUUGUGGUGCUAGCCGAUCUCACGCAUAUCAUGGUAUUUCUGAAAGAUUGCUCACAAUUGAGUUUGUACGGUGGACGUUUCACGAAAAAUGACAGGGGUCACGUGAUAUGUUCUCAAUCCAUGUACCAUUUGAUUCCAACUAGUGACUGCGGAUCUUGGCACGACUAUGGGACGCUACUCUGUAGUGUUUGCAAGAUCAGUCAUACCCCCAUUUGUGGAGUAAUCAUUCACCGUCCAUGUUGUGUUUUUCUCACUUCAA